AACAAAAUAACUUGGAAAAUUCCUUAUACGCUACAUACAGAAAAAGAGUAAUCGUAUUAGCAUUAUUACCUGACAAAACUCAAUCCACAAGAAGAGCAAAAAUGGAGAUGGCAAUCUCAAUCCCAUCUGCAACUUUCUCUCCUUCUCCAAUUUGUAGAACAAUUCCAAGAACAACAAUAACAAAUUCACCAUCUCUCUCCUUCACUUCUUCCAAAUCUUCCUUCUUCAACAACACCUUGACCCACCAAAACAUUGCCAGCAGUGGCCAGGUUCAAGGUCGAACCAGAACCAGAACCAGAACCAGAAGCAGGGGUCUGUCUUGCACCUGCUUGUUCGGCCUUGGUGUGCCGGAGCUCGUGGUUAUUGCUGGCGUUGCCGCCCUCGUUUUCGGCCCCAAAAAGCUGCCCGAAGUAGGCCGCAGCAUUGGCAAGACAGUCAAGAGCUUCCAACAGGCAGCAAAGGAGUUUGAGACAGAGCUGAAAAAAGAGCCUGGUUCUACUACAGAGCCUCCUGUGGAGAAACCUACAGCUGCAAUUGAAGAGGAGAAAGAAGUCAAGGUCUCAAGCACAAAGGAGAGUUUAUGAGACUGUUGAAAUACCAAUUACACAUUUUAUGCAUUUUCUAUGCUCAUGCCCUGCUGCUACUGGUGAUGUUUCUUAAAGGUGUAGAGAUUUAUUUAUAAUGUAGAUUAGUGGUGCACAUGAGUUGGAUGAUCAUCUACUUUUGUUCCUUAGUUUGUAUCAUCUACAAGUUUUUUUGGUUUUUAUGUUUUCAUUCAUUGUUUGAA